UGUUAUCCACUUUACAGAAAUUGGGAGCUUUCUAUGAAAGUUUUCGAAGAUGUUAAAAAAGCUCUCACAUUAGGAAAGAAAUAUAUUAUCAAAGUCUUCUGUGAAAUACAUAGUCUUUUUAACAACUCGUAUGAACCAAGAUACAUAUUAAACCAAUUAUACAUAAAGGACUUUUUAAUUUGGCUGCAAGCAUCUCCUGAAUCAUUAAUAGAACCACUUCACUCUAUGUUAAAUAAUAUUCAUCCAAGCAAAGCAAGCAUGGGAUUGGAUUUAGUAGAACUGGAAGUGGCAGCUUAUUCUGUUCAAGAAGAGGGACUUGUUAUAGAAAAUGCUGUUCAUGAGAUGGUUGGACAAAUCGAUGAAUUGUGUUUAAAUGAUUCUGAGAAAGAAAAGCCAAAGAAUAUAUAUCAUGUUAACAAACAAUUUUUUAAGCAUUUGUAAGUAUUUUUAUAUAUAUUUGGUUUGAUUGUUAACAGCUGUCUUUAAUAUAUGUGUGUGUUUAACAUUGCUAACAUUUAUUCUUUGUGUAUUAUUUCUAAUAUUUAUCUAAUAUUCACAUUUAACUUAUAUUAUCUUCAUGAUGUGUAGAUGAUAUCUAAUUUUUUUGAUUACAUGUUACAUAAUAACUAAUACUCGACAUAAUAUAAUCAUUGCU